UUACUCAGUUGAUUAUUGGAAUUCAUUGUCAGUUGAUCAUGUUGUAUGUAUUCAAGCUGUGUGGAAAGACCAACCAUUUGAUGCAUGUCUUCUGCAAGUAGUUCCUAAUGAUGACAGUUGUCAGCAAACUAUAAACAGUUUGAGACAUGCAGUUAAAGUUAAAAUUUUGGUGCAUUGAGGUUAAUGAAGUACAUCAAGUUCAGUUCGGCCUAAUAAACGCGCACCUUUACAGCCUUUAGACAACCUCACCAGUGGAACCGAUUCUGAUGUCUUUACACCACUGUUUGUUAAACCACUAGCUGUUAAAGUUAGUGAACCAAUACCUCCACUUUGUUCUCCACCUUUAGUCCCAAUGCAUAUAUUUACACCAACAUCUUCUAUCCAACAUGUUGAUAAAAACCAAUUACAAGUCUCAUCUUCAAUUAUUUCUAAGUCUUUUAAACCUUUGGCCUGUAAAGUGUCAGCGUCAGAUGGUCCAAAAACAAAACAAGCAAAUAGUACUCAUGCUGUGCUCCAUGAGCUCAAUGUUCUUUGCAACGAUGCAAGCAUCGAUUCUGACACAGUCUAAGCUGUGCGAUAUGGUCAAGCUGUCAUUUUGCAAAAAUUAGCUCUUAUUUCACAACGGCUGGACAGCUUGACGCAUUCAACAGUGAAAGCAAUACCAUUAUUAAAAAGCGAACAAAGAAAAGUUCCUUUGUUUUGCACUCCGGAUGAUCUAGCAAAUGCAGAUAUUGUUUUAUCUGAUAAAAUAUUUCAGUGGAUGCUCCAAGAAGGUGGCCGUGAUUCCAAUGAUCUUUGUGAGCGUUUAUUAAAUCUCCUUUUAUCAAUUGAUUUGGCAAAACAACUUAAUCGAAGUGGGAAAAAUGGUAAAUUAAAACUUCCAGUGAAGUUAGAGAAAUUCAUAAAGGACUGCGUUUUGACAAAUUUUCCAAAUGAAACUCGCAAUGUUGUAGAGUUGCGCAUCAAACGAUUUUUGCAUAAUGCAAAGGACAAGAAUGGUGGAAGGGCUGCAAGGCGAUAUUCUAAAGUUCCUAAAGAAGCUGUUGAAUGCAAUGACUUGAUUAUUGCAAAAAAUAAUAAAGAUUUUGACAAUGAACAUCCUGGUCCAAAGUGCCAAAAUGCUGCUCACGGUGAAUUGUCAGUACACAAAAAACGUCGGAAGCUCAACCAAUCCAAUUUAUUGCAUGAAUCAACUGAUUCAGAUUAAUUUAUUUAAAUAAAAUAUAUAAUUUUAUCUUAUAUUUGUGUUUUAUUUGUUUUUUUGUUGCUCUAUCCUAUUUUUCAUAGUAAUUUCAUGGUAUAUAUUUACAUAUAACCAUGGUUAUAUACUUACAUAUUAACUUACAACAAACUGAUUUCAGUGGCUGAGAUUAUUCUAAUUUAAGUUUGUGUAUAAAGAUGCACAAACUUAUUGUAAGGCCUAGAUCAGCUGCCGACAUCAAACCGUUAUCGUUUUUGUCCAUUUGUGUAAAUUGUGUAAGGUUGAGAUUAUAUGGAUAUUUUACCCAAACAAUUUUCUGGUAUUGAUUUUUUAACCAAUCAAUUUUUUUAAAUAUCCAGAUAAUUUUUUAACAGAUAUUUUAAAAUAUGAUCUGGAUGAUCUAUGAACCAUAUAUCAACAAAACCCUAUACCAUGUUUGCACUUUUAAAUUAUAAUGGCUAUCAAUAUAUAAUAGCUUAUUCAAUUAUUUUAUGUUUCAAUUAUCUAUGUUCAUUUUGUUUAUAUUUAAUUUAUUUAUUAGAUUUUAAUGAAAUCUGAAAGUUUUGUUAUAAGUGAAGAUCAAUUGCUAUACAAUUUGCUAUACAUAUGUAUAUUUGUUCUUUGUAUAGUAAAUGAUAGUGUUUCCUGACGAAGAGCUAGAAAUUAAGUUAUCUUUUAAUUAUAUGAAUUGGAUAUUAUUAGUAAUUAUAUAUUGU